AUGGGGGAUUUCUACGACCCGGAGCAUCCGACGCUCGAAAUAAUAUUUUAUUUUUGUAGCACGAAGGAGCCCAGUGGACAUCAUAAACCUAAUACGUCCAGCAUCCCCGAAAUGCAGUCACCUCUGAGGUGGAAAGGGGCAGACAACUGGUGUAUCUUUCCCCAGAAUGUGGAUGGGUCUGAAGAGGUAGAAAGAGAAGAAGAGAGCGAGGGCAAGGCUGAAAACGUACAGAAGCCUGGCUUUGUCAAAGGGCCAGUGUUCAAAGGAGUGGCAUCGAGCCGUUUCUUGCCCAAAGGCACCCGGACGAAAGUUAACCUAGAGGAGCAAGGCAGGCAAAAGGUGUCCUUCAGCUUCAGUCUAACCAAGAAGACUUUGCAGAACAGAUUCCUGACAGCCCUCGGAAAUGACAAACAAAACGAGACUUCGAGCUCCGCAGCUGCACCGCUUCAAACUGACCUGGCCUCCAAGAUUAAACUUGAUCUUGGGGAUUUUUCCGGAGCUGCAGAGGAAUUUUCACCGCCAAAACCGAAGGUAGAGUUAGGCAAGAUCCAUUUCAAGAAGCAUCUGCUGAAUGUGACUACUAAGCCUUCCCCAGCUGUUGUGGCAUCCCCAACAGUGGCUCUCACUCCAGCUGUUCCAGCAGAAGUAGUGGAGGUGCCCUCAUCACCCCCGCCGCCGCCUCCUCCACCACCGCCGCCUCCACCAAUACUGCUUGCCCCUGUACCCUUACUGACCCCAGCAGCUUUUGCACCAGUUCCAGAUGCAGUACCAACAGCUGCUUCGCCUCCAUCACCAUCACCUGUAGAAACUGCUGUCCGAAUGACAAAGGAACCCUCAUCACAGAAAACUUUCCAGCAAAGUACUACACAGAAUACUGUGUUGGAUGGCUCAGAAGAACAUUUCGUUCCAGUUGUUUCUGCAGAAGCAGAAGUUGUACCAGCAAAAGGAGAGUCCCGUGCUGGGAAGGAGGAGGAAGUUUUGGACAGUUCUAAGGGUGCUUUUCCCAGUUCUAAGAAACACAGUUCUAAGAGGAAAUCUGAUGGCACGCUGCCAGCUUCUGAAUCUGAUGAAGAUUCUGUGAGGACUUCCUCAAGUCAGAGGUCCCAUGAAAUUAAAUUAUCCACUAGCUCAGAGAAAGAAAAAGAUUCACGAAAGAGCUCCACUUCUCUCAAAGCUGAUGAGCAGACAAAAUCUUCAUCGCGGUCUAGAUCGGACAGAGAUGAAAAAUAUUCCAGUUACUCCAGAUCUGAGAGAGAGUCUAGGUACUCUUCCUCCCGUUCCAGAUCUGACAGAGGGAGGAGGCGGAGCAGAUCUCGUUCUCGUUCUAGAUCUGACAGAGGUUCUAGAACCAGUUCUUCUUAUUCCAGAUCCGAACGGUCUCAUUACUAUGACUCUGACCGGAGGUACCAUAGGAGCUCACCAUAUAGAGAAAAGACACGAUAUUCUCGUUCUUACAUGGAUAGCAGGACAAGAGAAAGUUCAGAUUCAGAAGAGGAAUAUUGGAGGUCGUAUUCCAGAUCAACAGAUUCAAGGCGUACAUCCUCUCAUUCCUCAUCUCACAGAGACUCCAGGACUUCCUCCUAUUCCAAGUCUGAUCGAGAUAGCAAGAUAGAAUCCUCUCACACCGACUUGGAAAGAAAAGGGAGGUCUACAAAAUCAGACCGGGAAUCCAAGAGGAUUUCGGAAAGUGAAGUAUCAAAGAGGUGCUCUCCAACGAGUGAUGUGGGACAUCGGAAGGGAACGUCCCACUCUAAAGCAGACAGUAGCGUGACUUCUUCCCGUCACAAGUCCACCUCUUCCAAGUCGUCAUCUGCUCCAAAGUCAGAUAAAUUUAAAAGUUCUUUCUGUUGUACAGAACCUGAGGGAAUCAGAGAACAGUCUAAUUGUGUAGACUCAGAGGCGCCUUGUGUACAGAACUGUGAAGCAGAAACGAUUACACAGAAGCCAGAAUCAGAAAGGAUUGUUUCAGUGUUAAGUCAGCUAAAUGAUUCACCUACUUUCAAAAAGCUAGAUGAGUCAAAAGAGGGUUCUCCUAUUUCAAAAUCUAUUGAAUUUGUCGGAAUGGAUAGCCAUGACAGUAUUAAGGAAGGGGAGUCUUUAGUCACGGUAAAACAUGAUAAUUUAAGAAAUUGUUCUCCAGUAGAACUGAAUAUAAAUGGGUCGCCAGAAGACAAGGCCAGAGAGGUGGCAUUAUCCUGUACUUCCAAAGUGGAGGCAGUUAUAAUGUCUUCAGAUGAUAGCUUAGAUAGUUCUGAAGUACCACUUCAGGUCAAAAGCUCUAGUUCAGGUGAAUUGUCAUCUAAUGGGCUGCAAACUGUGUGUCUUUCUAAAGGACAUGAGCUAGAUGAUUCCCCCAUUCUUCCUUGUGAAUCCAACAGUUUGCUUAAAGAAAAAAAAGUUCUGGUUCUUUCCGAAUAUGAAUUUGUUCCCUCCUGUAUUGUGAAUGUAAAUCAUUCGAAAACGUUACCCAAUGUGGAUGACCUAACAGAUCCCGGUAAUAAAACCAAAGACCUAGCGCCUUGCUACCUUUCAGCAGAUGCCACUCCUUCAUUAUAUUAUUCGGAAGUUGAGAUUGAAGUUGAACCUUCAGAUACAAAAGCUAUUCAGGAAUCUCUUACGGAUAUUCAUGUAGAACCACAAACAGAAACCUGCAGCGAUGCUGAGGAUCAGAAUUUGUUAAAAGCUGAUGCUGAGGAUCAAGACUUGUCAAAAACCGCUACCGAAAGUGAAAAAAGUGUCGCUAGAAGUUUCAGCUUGUCAGAGAGUAGCCCAGUCAGAGAUGCUUCUGCAGAAGAGUGUUCUAUGGAAGUGAAGUUAGACAAUCAGAUUAUUGCACAACAGUCACCUUCCGAACAUGUGUUCUCCCAGUUGGAGAAAACCUUGCAGAGAAAGAGGGAAGAACUUGUGGAAUGUCCUGAAGUAUCUCUUGAAAUAGAUGCUCAGCAUGUUGACUCCGUUGUAGAAAAAACAUCGCCCGUUAAAAACGAGCAUUCUUAUUACUUAGAGAUGCCAGUAGAAGAACUGGAAAAAGAGGAGCCGGAUAGAGGGGAAGAUGUGGUUGCCCUUGAAGAAAGAACCGCAUCUGACAUGAAAGACUGUUGUCCUGACGCCUCAGUGACAAAGGGCAAAGAUGACUCGUUGGUGGAAUCCAUCUUCUCAGAAGCGUUGUCCCCAUCGUGCGAUAUUGUUGUGACUGUAGAAGAAACGGAAAUGAUCACUGAGGCCCCAGGAUGCGACAGCAGUGGCAGUACUCCCGAACUGAUUUCCAUGCACAACGAAGAUUAUUCCGACACCGCGGAAAGCGCAGGCGAACCAGGUAGUGAAGAAAGCGAUAUGGAAGAAUCUGAUUCGGAUGACAGCAGCGUUCCAAGGAACCGCCUCCAGUCAGUCGUGGUCGUUCCCAAGAAUUCUACGAUAACUCUGGAGGAGAGCAGCUCCUCUUCCUCUCGGAACAGCCAAAGCGGCAAGCGCUAUUCGGAUCACUGGGAAGAUGGCAGGCCAGAAUCCAGCAAGCCAUAUUAUGAAGAAAUACAAGAUGAUGUGGAGUCGGACAACGGUCCUCAACACGAAAGCAAGUGUGUUCCUUCUAGAGGUGCAGAGGGAAGCCUGGCGAUAUCUGUGGAGCUCGGUAGAACAGAGCCUGAUAACCUUCUGCUGGGUCCCUCCCAGCCUCAAAGCGAUGGCGUUGACAGUACCAGUCAGCCAGAGCUAGCGUCGGACUCCGCCAGCAAAUUGCAGCCAGACGAAAGGACAGCAUUAACUGAGCCAAUAUCUGUACCUCAGUCGCCACACCAAGAGGAACUGCGAUAUUUUGACAAGAACUAUGAGAUGACUGAUAAUACUUGCCGACAGCAAGCCAGUGUUUCCCAGCCAGACAGUAGGCAGGGGAAGUCUGGUUUCAGCGAUCAAGCUGACACGGGAGGAGAUUUCUCCAGAGAAGAAGGCUUCCGGUCGGCAGAGGACCUGGGGAACUUGGGGUGGGACUUCUCGCAGCCGGAGAAACCGAGCAGCACAUACCAGCAGCCCGACAGCAGCUAUGGCAUUUUCCCUGGGUAUGUUUACCCACCAGGUUCAGGGCCAUACGUUGGGUCCCAUAACUACUGGCCAGACAAUGGGUAUUGGGACCCAAGGUUGAGUAAUAGGCCCUCCGGAAUGCAUUACGAGAGAAUCCAAGGGCAGGUCCCCGAUUCGCUAACAGAAGACCACGAGGAAUACGAAGAAGUUGACCAUUGGGUGGAUGAAAGCCAGUCUUACUUCCUCAACCAGUCAAGUAAGUUCCAAGCCCGUGACCCCAGAGAGAAGGGUUCUGUGCAAGCACACGAGAUUAGCAGUAACUCAGCUAAAGAACCAGCAGCUGCGAGUGAGAGAAAAGACUAUGUCAAGACUUUGAGUAAAAACGAUAUGAAGGAGCGGGGGCCCCUGAAGAAAAGGAGGCAGGACUUGGAGAGCGACUCUGAGAGCGACGGGGAAUCCCACGAAAGGAAGAAGGUCAAGACGGAGGGCGAGCAGGUGCCCGUUCUCCUUCAGGACUCUUUGAUGGUUCGCCCGCUGUGUAUUAUGGAAGACUUUAGGGACCCGCAGCGUUGGAAAGAGUUUGCCAAACAAGGGAAGAUGCCCUGCUACUUCGACUUGAUUGAAGAAAACGUGUAUUUAACAGAAAGGAAAAGGAACAAGUCGCACCGGGACAUCAAGCGGAUGCUGUGCGAAUGCCCGACGCUUUCCAAAGACGAGAGAGGCCAAGGGGAGGUUGCGUGCGGGGAGGACUGCCUUAACCGCCUGCUCAUGAUAGAGUGCUCUUCAAGGUGCCCCAAUGGGGAGUACUGCUCCAACAGGCGAUUCCAGCGGAAGCAGCACGCCGACGUGGAGGUCAUCCUGACAGAGAAGAAAGGCUGGGGCUUGAGAGCAGCAAAAGACCUCCCUUCGAACACCUUUGUGCUGGAAUACUGCGGAGAGGUGCUGGACCACAAAGAAUUUAAAGCGCGAGUUAAAGAAUACGCCCGAAGCAAGAACAUUCAUUACUACUUCAUGGCGUUGAAAAAUGAUGAGAUAAUAGAUGCCACUCAGAAAGGAAACUGCUCGCGUUUCAUGAAUCACAGCUGUGAACCAAAUUGUGAGACCCAGAAGUGGACUGUAAAUGGACAGCUGAGAGUUGGCUUUUUCACCACCAAAUUGGUACCCUCAGGCUCAGAGCUGACGUUCGACUACCAGUUCCAGAGAUAUGGGAAAGAAGCUCAGAAGUGUUUCUGCGGCUCUGCCAAUUGCAGAGGUUACCUCGGAGGAGAGAACAGAGUCAGCAUCAGGGCCGCGGGGGGCAAAAUGAAGAAGGAGCGCUCUCGUAAAAAAGAUUCGGUGGAUGGAGAGCUAGAGGCACUGCUGGAGAACGGAGAAGGGCUUUCAGAUAAGAACCAAGUUCUCAGCUUGUCCCGACUCAUGGUGCGGAUUGAGACUCUGGAACAGAAGCUCACCUGUCUUAAACUCAUACAGAACACGCAUUCUCAGGCCUGCCUGAAGUCCUUCCUGGAAUGUCACGGCUUGUCUCUGCUUUGGAUCUGGAUGGCAGAGCUCGGGGACAGCAGGGGAAACAACUUGAAGCUUCAGCUGGAGAUCAUGAAGACCCUGGAGCUGCUGCCCAUCCCCACCAAAAACAUGCUGGAGGAGAGCAAAGUGCUUCCGGUUAUCCAGCGCUGGGCCCAGACCAAGCUGGUGAUCCCGCACCUGAGCGAAGGGGACGGCUAUUCCAGCGAGAACCCCUCCCGGGCUCACACCCCGCUCAACACCCCCGACCCUUCCGCCAAGCCAAGCGCCGAGAUGGACGCGGAGACCCCCAAGAAGCUGGCCUUUCGGAGGCUCAAAAUCAUCAGCGAAAACAGCAUGGACAGUGCGAUCUCGGACACCCCCAGCGAGAUGGAGUUGAAGGAAGGGAAGGAGGACCUUGAGCCUCUGGACGGCGCCCCAGUGGAGACAGCAGAGGACCAGCCCCCGCAGCCGGAACCCGCCAAGGAUGUGGCUGUCGAGGUCUCGUUGGAGCCCAGCCAGCCUCAGCCCGCGGAGCAGGAGCUGGAGCUCGACGCGGAGGCGAAAGACGGCAGCGCUGCCAAGCUAGAGGAACCCAUUGCGGCCGAAACGCCUUCUCAAGACGAAGAGGAGGGGGUGUCGGAUGUGGAGAGCGAGCGGAGCCAGGAACAGACCGAUAAGCUUGUGGAUGUGAGCGAUUUGGCCGCCAGGCUCCUGGACUGCUGGAAGGAUCUAAAAGAGGUGUACAGGAUCCCGAAGAAGAGUCAAGUGGAGAAAGAGACCAGUGCAGAACGAGGGCGAGAGACGACAGGUCGAGACCCAGCUGCUACCCCGAAAAACUUGAGCAGGGAGCGAGAUCCCGAAAGGCGAAGUCAAAGCAAAGAGAAGAAAAAGCGGAGAGAUUCUUUGUCACCCCCUUCGGCGUAUGAGCGAGGCACCAAGCGGUCAGAUGACCGAUACGACACGCCCGCCGCCACCUCCAAGAAGAAAGUGCGGAUCAAGGACCGCAACAAGCUGUCCACGGAGGAGCGCCGGAAGCUCUUUGAGCAGGAGGUGGCCCAGCGGGAAGCGCAGAAGCAGCAGCAGCAGCUGCAGAGCCUGGGGAUGCCCUCCCCGCUCCCCUACGACUCCAUGGCCUACAGCGCCUCCCACCACGCCUUCAUGGGCUACCCCCCGGGCUACCCCAUGCAGUCCUACGUGGAUCCCACCAACCCGAACGCCGGCAAGGUGCUGCUCCCGACCCCCAGCAUGGACCCCAUGUGUUCCCCGGCGGCCUACGAACAGCCACAGGCUUUGGUGGGGCACGCCAUCGAGCCCACCCUGGCCGCUCCUCAGCCGGUGCCCGUCGUUCAGCACGUUGCGACCACCCUGGAGGUGUCGACCCCGCAGUACGUCGCGCAGCCCGAUCCCGUGGUCCACCAGGAGCAGAGCGUCACGGUCCUGCCGGUGCCGGCUCCCGCCCCGGUGCAAGGGCAGAGCUAUGGCGUUUGGGAUUCCAGCCAGCAGACCGUAGCGGUGCAGCCGCCGUACUCCCCGGCGCAGUCGCAGCCGGCCAUUUACUACCAAGGACAAGCGUGUCAGACGGUGUACGGGGUCACGUCGCCGUAUUCUCAGACCACGCCGCCCAUCGUGCAGAGUUACGCCCAGCCGGGCCUUCAGUAUAUUCAGGGGCAGCAGAUUUACACCGCCCACCCCCAGGGUGUCAUGGUGCAGCCCACAACAGCAGUGACAACGAUCGUGGCAACAGGGCAGCCUCCACCUAUACAGCAGCCGGAGCUUGUGGUGACCAACAACCUCCUGGACCUGCCUCCGCCCUCUCCUCCAAAACCCAAAACCAUCGUCCUCCCUCCCAAUUGGAAAACAGCCCGAGAUCCAGAGGGGAAGAUCUAUUACUACCACGUGGUGACAAGGCAAACCCAGUGGGACCCUCCAACUUGGGACAGCCCGGGGGACGAUGCCAGCCUGGAGCAUGAAGCAGAAAUGGAUCUGGGGACCCCCACAUACGAUGAAAAUCCCAUGAAGUCUUCCAAGAAACCCAAAACGGCCGAAGCAGACACGUCUAGCGAGCUGGCAAAGAAAAGCAAGGAAGUAUUCCGGAAGGAGAUGUCUCAGUUCAUCGUCCAGUGCCUGAACCCCUAUCGUAAACCAGAUUGCAAAGUUGGCCGAAUAACCACCACUGAGGAUUUCAAACACCUGGCACGCAAGCUGACCCACGGAGUGAUGAACAAAGAACUGAAGUACUGCAAAAACCCCGAGGACCUGGAAUGCAACGAGAACGUGAAGCACAAGACGAAAGAGUACAUCAAGAAAUACAUGCAGAAAUUUGGGGGGAUCUAUAAGCCCAAAGAGGACACAGACUUGGAAUAAGGGGCCCAGGGCCGCCGCGUCCCUCUUCAGAGGCCGAAGCCGUCCAGCUUAAGGAGGCUUCGUUUGCGUGGGAUUCCUGGCCGCCUUGGGUGGGGGCGGGGGAUCCUCGGUCUGCCACCCCAUGAAUCUUGUGGCACGUGCGAAUCCCUUUCCAUGUCACCUUUGGGGAGACCGGAGCAGAGCUACAGAACGAAUGACUGACAUCCACCUGCUAUCCAGCUGUGACUCUGCACAUCACCCGGUGUGCGUUCUCUGCGCGAAACUUCUGACCUGGCGGUGGCGCUGUUCAACACGACGCCCCACGAGCACCCCCCCCCCCCCAGCCCCGUCUCCCCGUUCGAGAUCUGUAUUAUAUUUGAACGUAUAUGUGAAUAUCUGGAGGUUUUUCUCUCGUUCCCUCCCCCUCCCUCCAUGUGUUGAUAUCAUGGGAACACUUUGUAAGAAUAGUUUUGAAGGUUUCUUCUUCUUCUUCUUUUUUUUUUGGUUUUGUUCUCUGGAAGGUUGGAAUCUGUUAUCAUGUAAAUAUUGGCAAAACUGGCUGCCUCGGGGUUUCCGGCCGGCCCUGUGCUAUGUUGAUAAGAUUGAUUUUACUGCUUAAAAUCAUUUUACUUUAUCCAAUUUUUACUGAAGUUUUUAUGUAAAAGAGAAAAAAAAAUUAAAAAAUUAAAUAAAAUGGCCAAUGGAAAGAA